CGGCGCGCUCGUCUCCCUGGCUCCACGCGCACCACGCCGCCACCAGGCUUGCGCGCAGCUCCGGGCGGACUGACUUCUGGGCACGAUGGCGUGGGUGUGGGCGCUGGUGCUUCUGGCCGCGCUGGGCAGCGCCCGGGCGGAACGCGACUGCCGGGUGAGCAGCUUCCGAGUGAAGGAGAACUUCGACAAGGCUCGGUUCUCCGGGACCUGGUACGCCAUGGCCAAGAAGGACCCCGAGGGCCUCUUUCUGCAGGACAACAUCGUCGCCGAGUUCUCUGUGGAUGAGAAUGGCCAGAUGAGCGCCACGGCCAAGGGCCGAGUCCGUCUUUUGAAUAAUUGGGACGUGUGCGCAGACAUGGUGGGCACCUUCACAGACACUGAGGACUCUGCUAAGUUCAAGAUGAAGUAUUGGGGCGUAGCGUCCUUUCUCCAGAAAGGAAAUGAUGACCACUGGAUCAUCGACACCGACUAUGACACCUACGCGGUGCAGUACUCCUGCCGUCUCCUGAACCUUGACGGCACCUGCGCUGACAGCUACUCCUUCGUGUUUGCCCGCGACCCCAACGGCCUUCCCCCGGACGUGCAGAAAAUCGUGCGGCAGAGACAGGAUGAGCUGUGCCUGGCCAGGCAGUACAGGCUAAUCGUUCACAACGGUUACUGUGAUGGCAGAUCAGAACAAAACAUUUUGUAGCAACGUGGAGUUUCAUUGGAAAAGUUCCCAUUAACUCACUCAGCCUUCAACUCUGUCUUACCUUAGGAGUUUAGUUUCCCUGCUCUGCUCCCCUCCCCUCAGCCAACAUGGAACCUUAG